GGCAUUUGAGAGCAUGUUGGCUGUACCCCCCUCUCCCCCGCUGCGAGUCUCCCUGUCUCACGGGCUGACCGACUCUUAUUUCGACUUUACGCUUCUUUGGGCGAAAAAGGUGUCUGGGCCGAGGGUCGAAGACAGGAGCGGCUGGCACGGCACUUCGAUGUGGCGCCUUCCCAUGAUUUCCGGCACGUUGCUCAACCUUCACGGGUGGCUCGAGUGCCACACAUGAGCCGUAUGGUACAAGCUGGACCCGGCCAGCACGACGUUUCUACCCGUGUGGUCCUCCAGUGAGAUUCGCCCAAACCCGAAUCGGUGGCACGGGUACUACGACGUCCCAUGUCUCGAUUCAAGGGUAUAUAUACAUACUGCCAGGACGUGAUUCGGAGCUACCGGGUUUCCCGCAUACGCAUUUUCUUCGCUUCCAAUCACAACAAGGUCAAAACCCCUGUAGAUGGGUUGGUUCAUUUACAAGACGAUACUACACGACAGCCUUGUGUCGUCUCACACAUACAAAUUGUCAAAGGACGCAAAGCACG